CAUUUCAUACAUCCUGCAUAUGUAGCAGAGGUAGCCGCUGAACAAUGAGAAGGACAGCAAAGAAAGGUUGCUAUAAUAAGGCGAAUCAGGCAAGACCGAAUUCUACACAGCCUCUUGCAUCUCGGCACCCAGCCAUGAUGUGUUACGUGGUUGCCCUGUGCUGCGCCUUCCUUACCUUGCUUGGCGUUUCGCCAACAGUGGCGGGCCCUUGUCCUUUACCAACUUGCCAACCAGCACGACAACCUGUCUGCCCAAGCCCAGGAAGCUCGUGUGGCUGCAGAUGUAAUAACUCGGGGACUCAGGGACAACCAGGGGGCUCUGGUGGUGGAUAUCCAUCAUUGCAGCCGGGACCUUGUGGUGGGGGUGCAGGUUCUUCUCCCGGUCAAGGUCCAAGGAUUAGCGGUGUUGUUACACACACAGAUUCAAGCAAUUGCCAAAUUCCAUUCUGCUCCUCUGGAUUGCCACCUCUUUGUUUAAGAUACGAGCAAUUUGGAAAAGGGUGCGACUGCAAAUGCGUAACACGCUGGACGAGCUGUGGCCACAAUAGUCCUUUGGGAUAUUAUGUUUGCACACACGUGUGCGCCAUGGAAGGCAAAGCGUGCAUAUGCAAGUGUGUGGCCGAAGCACCAUUCAAGCCACCACCCUCGAGGCCAUGCAAUCCUAUCACCGGUUAGCCGCGAACUAUUCUACGCAUGGGUGGAAAAAAUGUGCUUGUAUGAGCAGUAAAUAAAUACAUUUCCAAGCAUUGCA